GGCAGCCAGAACUACCCUUCCCGUGAGGCCCCGCGGCGGGCGGCAUGGAGGGCCGCGUGGCGGAGCGGCUCCGCGGCGCGCUGGGCCCCUUCGGCUUCGAGGUGCACGCCUUCAAGGUUGGAUGGUACAAUGCUGUUCUCCAGCCGGCCUUUCAUCUCCCCUACCCAGAUGACACACUGGCCUUCGUUGUCCUCAGCACGCCUUCGAUGUUUGACAAAGCCCUUAAGCCUUUUGUGAACAAAGAACGGUUACAAAUAAUCCGGGAUCCCGUGGAUCAGUGUGUUUCUCAUCAUUUGUCAGGUGUGAAGGAGAAAUUCCCUGACCAGAAGGUGGAUAUCAUCUUUGAUUAUGAGAUCCUGCCGAGCCGAAAGCCCAAGUUCUUGGCACAAACAGCUGCCCAUGUUGCUGGAGCUGCAUAUUACUACCAGAGAAAGGACGUGAAGCUUGAUCCUUGGGGGAAAAAGAAGAUCUAUGGCGUGUGUAUUCAUCCCAAGUAUGGCGGUUGGUUUGCUAUCCGAGGUCUCCUCCUGUUCCCAGAUAUUCAGGUCCCAUUCCUGCAACAGUCUGCCCCUGUUGACUGUGUGAGCACAGAGGAGAAGAGAACUGAAUUGCUGGAGCAGUUCAAUUUCCACUGGCAGGACGGCCGCUACAGGGACAUAAUUGAAGUGAAGGAAAGGUACUCAGAGGAGCAGAAAGCCUACUUUGCCACUCCCCCAGCAGAGAGAUUCAGACUGCUAGGGCUGAUACGUUUCACAGAGUAAAACAGUUCCACAAAGGGGCUGGGCACGAGCAAAGUGUAACUCCCCAGCACCUGCUUUUCCAUGGUGCUGAGGAGGGUGUGCUGAUAGAGUGCAAAUCCAAGCAUUGUGGACAGUAUCUCAGUCCAAACAUCAGCUUCUCAGAGUUGAGAGGGAGCGCUACAUUGUAGCUCUUAAAGUCUUGAGGAAGGUAGAAGCAGUCUGUUCCCUGCUGUUGCCGAGUUGGUAGGUAUUUUGGGGAGUCUGGUUAAGAUACCCACUUGGGCAAAGUUCAGAAACCCUGGCAAUUGGGAAACUCAUGCUGCUCAUUAGAAAAGUCAUGUUUUUCUCAAGAAAUUUCUUUCCUAAUAUUUUGGUUUUACUCUGUAUAAGAAUGAAAAGUUACUUUUCAGUAAUUGUGUUCUGAAAUAAUUUAUUUUGGUCUGAACUCAGUGCAGAUACUUUUUAGAUGUAUCCAGGCUUUUACUACCCUGCCUUAUAACUCUCCCUAGAGAAUACAUGGUCAGUCCUUAGAAAAAAAAAUAAUCUAUAUUCCUUCUCAUGUAAUGAAUCUGGCUUAAUUUAGUUAAGAAAACUUUUCUGAAUUCCUUAACCUGGAAAGAAAAUUCUCCAGAGAUAGUUUCACUGAGUGGCAUGGUCCUGUGAAGGAAGCAGAAGUGAGCAAAACAUAGCCAACAGCAGCCUCCUUUUACACCGUAGUUAUGAAAGGGAAAGGGACAGUGUAAAGGUCAUAGCUCAAGUCUGAUACAUUUCCUCUUCACUCAGGGUCAGCUUCUCAGAACAAGGCAGAGUCUUUAGGUCAAUUUUGAAGCACUUACCAUACAACAGCCUACUAAAAGCCUGGAAAAUAUACUGAAUAAUGGCUAUGAGUGGAAUUUUUACUCACAUUAAGAUAACUAACUGAAAAAGUCAGUUCUCAUGACCUUUUCCUAUGGUAGAUGAAGCUUAAAUUUAACGUAUUUUCCAGUGCUAUGCCAGCAACACCACAGUUUUAAAACUCUAGUUUCCCAUUGUAGUUUCUAUAUGAAGGAGAUCAUAAACCUGCACACAUCUGAAAGCCGCUACACAAAGCAUUGUUGCACUCAGAGACAAGCAG